AGAAGCGCUCCUGAAGGGAGACGUCGGGUUCGUCCCCGGGGUCCCCGCCGCGGUCGUAGCUCACGGGCGCUGCCUCCCGGCGUCCGGCCGCUUCGGCUCCGCGGCCUGGGAGGAGGUUGCGCAAGGCGGGGGCCCGAGCCUCGAAAAGGGAUGCGCCGGGCGUUGCCUCCAGCCCGCCGCCGCCGCCGCCGCCAGAAGCCCCAGCAGAGCUGAGGGAGGCGACGCCGAAGCGCUGGCCCGGAGUGACCACGGCUGCAGCCCGGGCGGCGGGCUAGGGCGCUCGCCCGGCUUCUGGGCCGACCCCGUUCUUGCGCCUCCGCUCCCGGCCCGGGGCCCGCCCCCCAGGCCGGGCCUCGCUCCCGGGUCCCAGAUGACCACCGAGGGCGGGCCGCCGCCGCCCCCGCCGCGCCCGCCGCCAGCCCCGCUCCGCCGCGCGUGCAGCCCGGCCCCCGGCGCGCUCCAGGCCGCCUUGAUGAGCCCGCCGCCCCCUGCCGCCGCCGCCGCCGCCGCCCUGGAGACCACCUCGUCCGCGUCGUCGUCGUCCUCCACCUCCUGUGCCUCGUCCUCCUCCAACUCGGCCAGCGCUCCCUCGGCCGCCUGCAAGAGCUCGGCUGGCGGCAGCGGCUCGGGCGCGGGGAGCGGGGGCACCAAGAAGGCGAACUCGGGGCUUCGGCGUCCCGAGAAGCCUCCGUACUCGUACAUCGCGCUCAUCGUCAUGGCCAUCCAGAGCUCGCCCACCAAGCGCCUGACGCUCAGCGAGAUCUACCAGUUCCUGCAGAGCCGCUUCCCCUUCUUCCGCGGCUCCUACCAGGGCUGGAAGAACUCGGUGCGCCACAACCUCUCUCUCAACGAGUGCUUCAUCAAGCUGCCCAAGGGCCUCGGACGGCCCGGCAAGGGCCACUACUGGACUAUCGAUCCGGCCAGCGAGUUUAUGUUCGAGGAGGGCUCUUUCCGCCGCCGGCCGCGCGGAUUCAGGCGGAAGUGCCAGGCGCUCAAGCCCAUGUACCAUCGCGUGGUGAGCGGCUUGGGCUUYGGGGCCUCGCUGCUGCCCCAGGGCUUCGACUUCCAGGCGCCCCCGUCGGCGCCUCUUGGCUGCCACGGCCAGGGCGGCUACGGUGGCCUCGACAUGAUGCCCGCAGGCUAUGAUGCCGGCGCCGGAGCCCCCGGCCACGCGCAUCCGCAUCACCACCACCACCACCACGUCCCACACAUGUCGCCCAACCCGGGCUCCACCUACAUGGCCAGCUGCCCCGUGCCCCCGGGUCCAGGAGGCGUCGGUGCAGCCGGCGGCGGUGGUGGUGGCGGCGGCGGGGACUAUGGGCCGGACAGCAGCAGCAGCCCAGUGCCUUCAUCCCCAGCCAUGGCGAGCGCUAUCGAGUGCCACUCGCCCUACACGAGUCCUGCGGCGCAUUGGAGCUCGCCCGGCGCCUCGCCUUACCUCAAGCAGCCGCCCGCCCUGACGCCAAGCAGCAACCCCGCGGCCUCUGCAGGCCUGCACUCCAGCAUGUCCUCCUACUCGCUGGAGCAGAGCUACUUGCAYCAGAAUGCCCGCGAGGACCUCUCAGUGGGACUGCCUCGUUACCAGCAUCACUCAACUCCAGUGUGUGACAGAAAAGAUUUCGUCCUCAAUUUCAAUGGCAUUUCUUCUUUCCAUCCUUCGGCAAGUGGGUCUUAUUAUCACCAUCACCACCAGAGCGUGUGUCAGGAUAUUAAGCCCUGCGUCAUGUGAAUGGACAAAGGCCACAUGAAGGCCCUCUCUCUUCUUUUUUCAUCUUCCCCUAAGGGGCAGAUAGGAACUGCGAAGGACUCACACAAUGUGCACGCGGAUAGCAGUAAGUAGCACUCUGUCACUUAGCCUGAAUGCCCAGGAAAGCCUCGUAUGCUGAUUUUUUUUGCCUACCAUUGGAAGAGAGAAAACCUUGGCAAGAUAAUGCACCAGAUGAGGGAGAGCAUGAACUGAGGGAUGGUAACAAGUUACCACAUGUAAAACAUAAACUUAUAACUCUGGGAUGGCCAUUGCCUUCAGUAAUCAGGGUCUGAAAAAAAGCAGACAARUUGCGUGUAUGUGUGUGUUUUUUCUUGGUCUAUGAAAACUUGUGUGCUUUUCAAAAAGGCAGUGCUAAGCACAAGAUUUCAAGAAAGCCUCAUCUUGUUGCCUAGCUAGUUAGGAGAAUUCUGUCCCCCCCCCCCAAAAAAAAACAACACUAGGUUUGUAUACAGGUGCCAAAGAACAUUAUGAAGAAAUGAUUUAGAACCAACCACAUCUAUUUUUAAGAAAAUGGUUCUCAGUAUUGUGACAAUACAACAUUUUUACAAGGUUGUUUUCUACCACCAUAUUUUAAAGAUAUUUUUAUGAUCUUCGUGUAUACUCACACUUUGCUUGUAUUUUAAAAGGAGGAUAUAUUUGCACUUAUGUAUACUUUUACAGUUUGCCAAAAAUAUUUUGAUGUAAAAUUUUUUUUCAAUAAAAUGUAUAUAACAAGUAGU